GAUCACUUCCCCAGUGCGAGUGACUCAGAGCUCAAGGUCCUGGACAAUGAGAUUUCAGAUCUGUCUUGCAAAGUGCAGACCCUCCAACAGAGCUGCUGCCUUAUGGAGUCAGAACUGAAAGAACUGAAGGGCUCUAUGACAACUCCAGAAAUGGUGAAAGAGAUUGAAGAAUUAAAAAAGGACUGUGCCAAUUAUACAGAGAAACUGGAGCGGAUUAAAUCUGCUGCCAAUCAUGUGACCCCUGAGGAGAAAGAAAAGGUAUAUAAUGAGAAGAAACUGUAUUGCAGAGAAUGGCGACGCCGGAAGAGAAUG